AUGAAGGAGGAAGAGGAAAUAGAACAAGAGGGUUUUGCUAAAAUGGACGGGGAGACGGCCGCCUUUCCAGACUUGUUGGAUUUCGAGUUCUUCGUGAUCAUAUUCCAAAACCCCUGGGAAAAACUGAAGCUGCCUGACAAGUUCGCCAAGUUGCUGGACGGCCAAGAGCCCCGUGAAGUGACGCUCCGGGAGGCAAGCGGCGGGCGUCACCUGUGGGACGUCGAGGUGUUGUUCGACGGCGAAGGCCGCAUGUACCUCGACCGUGGCUGGGAGCGGUUCGCCCGCGCUCACGACCUGGGGCUCGGGAACUUCCUGGUAUUCAGCUACGACGGCGACGCCGUGCUCACCGUCAAGGUGUUCGACGGAAGCAUGUGCCGCAGACACUACCACAACGACGACGAAGAAAGCGGUGGAAUCAGCAGCGAUAGUUGCAGCAAGAACAGCAUCAGCAGCACGGGGGAGAUGAACAUCGAGGACGCGCUGACGUCGCAGUUCACGGUGACGCUGAAGCCGAGCCACCUGGGCGCGAGGCAGAAGCAGUAUCUGAACGUGCCGCCGGCGUUCCAGCACGCGCACGAGUACGACAGCAGGAGCGAGGUGGUGCUGCGGAUGCGCGGGGAGAAGUGGACGGUGACCCUGAAGCACAACAUCCGCAAGGGUGGGCACAGGACGCGCGCGUCGCUCAGGUACGGAUGGCACCAGUUCUGCGUCGACAACCGCCUCGGCGUCGGCGACGUCUGCUUCUUCCGGGCGCUGCGCGGGGACGCGGUAGGCGAAGACCACGCGCUCAAGGUGGAGGUGCGCAAGCGAGACGGCAGCUUCAUCGAUUGA